AUGGACAGCUGCGGUGAUAAAACCGCUUAUUAUUAUCAAUGGUUGUGUGAUGUAGCCUAGUCAUUAAUGACCGAGUCUUUUAUAUAACAAAAUGUAAGAGCAUAAAUAUCAUACUCCAUUGUCUCGCUAAUCAAAGUAUUAUCUUUUUGACUGCACUUAUAAGUUAUUGUUACUGAUUGCUGUUUUUGCUUUUUCUCAGUAAAUAAUACAAGCUAAGUGAUGAGCUUUAGUACUCCUGUCUUACCUUGCCAUAAGCCAUAUUGUUGUUUUACUAUAUUAUUUAUGUUUUAAAUAAAUAGACAGCUUCAAAAUAUGUUUGUAAAACUAUCAUGCCAAUCUUAUGGACUGUCAGUCCUUACAUGCCAGCCCCAUUUCCCCCCAGUUUUGCCAAAAGUGUCUGGUUCAGAAAUUGAAGGUGUGCCUUGUGUCAGCCCAUAGUGCACUGGUUCCAAAAAGUCACAAGUCACAAGUCUCUCUCUCUCUCUCUCUCUCUCUAGAGAGAGAGAGAGAGAAGAGAGAGAGAGAGAGAGAAGAGAGAGAGAGAGAGAGGGAGGGAGAGAAGAGAGGGAGAAGAGAGAGAGACGAGAGAAAGAGAGAGAGAGAGAGGGAGAGAGAGAGAGAGACUGAGCGUCGCGUAGCUGACGAGAGCAAUCUGCGAGCUGAGAGCGAGCUCACUCUUGAGUACUCCGCAGGAGCGGAAGUCGAGUAGUCGUCGUCAGAUGCCUACGAUGUAUUCUCUGCCCAGGGAAUAUUCGUAGCAUAGAUUGACAGUCAUCAUAUCCUCGCUGCCAGUAGACUUCUGUCUUAUCUUAUCGUGCAGUCAUGUCUUCUGGUUAACAUCCUGAGUCUACGGUGCGUGGCCUCUCUGCGAUCAUCUCUCGUUAUGCGCCUCUUUCCUCCUGCUCUUCGUCUCUCUUCUCUCUCUCAUACAUUAAUUUUAAAUAAAACAUUUUAAAUUUGAAAUAAACAAUAAAUAUUAACAAUAAACAUUACACUCAGAAGUUCCAAAAGAAUAAAGACAUUUCAAAUGUCAUAUUAUUUCUAUAUACAGUGUUGUAACAAUGUGCAAAUAGUUAAUGUACAAAUGGGAAAAUAAAUUAACAUAAAUAUGGAUUGUAUUUACAGUUGUGUUUGUUCAUCACUGGUUGCCCUUUUCUUGUGGCAACAGGUCACAAAUCUUGCUGCUGUGAUGGCACACUGUGGUAUUUCACCCAGUAGAUAAGGGAGUUUAUCAAAAUUGGGUUUGUUUUCGAAUUCUUUGUGGAUCUCUGUAACCUGAGGGAAAUAUGUGUCUCUAAUAUGGUCAUACAUUUGGCAGGAGGUUAGGAAGUGCAGCUCAGUUUCCACCUCAUUUUGUGGGCAGUGUGCACAUAGCCUGUCUUCUCUUGAGAGCCAGGUCUGCCUACGGCUGCCUUUCUCAAUAGCAAGGCUAUGAUCACUGAGUCUGUACAUAGUCAAGGCUUUCCUUAAGUUUGGGUCAGUCACAGUGGUCAGGUAUUCUGCCACUGUGUACUCUCUGUUUAGGGCCAAAUAGCAUUCUAGUUUGCUCUGUUUUUUUGUUAAUUCUUUCCAAUGUGUCAAGUAAUUAUCUUUUUGUUUUCUCAUGAUUUGGUUGGGUCUAAUUGUGUUGUUGUCCUGGGGCUCUGUGGGGUCUGUUUGUGUUUGUGAACACUCACACAGAGAUGGCGAGUGACGACCGGGUGGCCAUCUUGACGGAUGACGAGGGGUAUCAGAGGAGGAAGUUUGUCCUGGCAGAACCCUUCAACACCCUGGAGCAGAUACCGUCGGGCGCGGGCCCCACCUCUACCUCCCAAGGUCCAGAGUCUCCCCCCACAGACACACCUGACUCCCCCUCCUCCAACCCCAGCCAUGACUGCCUGGAGAGGAACUGCGUGCGGAUCGACAACCACCUCCUCAUUUCCAAGGUCUUCUAUUUCUUUUUUUAUGCAGCCUAUGGGUCCCUACACCCGCUGCUGCCUGUCUACUACAAGCAGCUAGGGAUGACUCCCAGUCAGAGCGGCCUGCUGGUCGGGAUCCGGUACUUCAUCGAAUUCUGUAGCGCCCCCUUUUGGGGGGUUGUGGCGGACCGCUUCAAGAAGGGCAAGGUGGUGCUAGUGUUCUCCGUUUUCUGCUGGCUGGUGUUCAACUGCGGCAUCGGCUUCAUCAAGCCUGCCUCCAUGACGUGCGUGGAGAGGAAACCCACAGUCGCACGCCGCACCAGCCCCGCCCACCUCGGUCCGCCAGCCAAUUACAGCAGGGACCGCAGGGCUGUGAUUGGAGACUUGUUUUCCCUCCCUACGAAUGUACGCGGUUUGGCAUCAGACUCAGUUAGUGGCGGCCCCCUGCACAGGUAUGUGAGGAGCGAUGGUGGUAAUGUCACUGGACCCAGCACUGUCACAGGACCUGUACCUUCCCCCACCAUCACCACAACAUCAUCUUCCCCCUCCACCACCCCCACUACAACAACAACAACAACAGCCACCUCAAAACCCGCCUCAAAUCUAACCACAACCAAACCAACCAUCACAACCGCCAUUCCCAAAGUCUACGACAUAAUCUCCGACCACGACCAGGUGGAGGCCAUCUUCCUCCUGAUCCUGCUUGUCGUCAUCAUCGGCGAGUUCUUCAGUGCUCCGGCUGUGACCAUAGUGGACACGCGCACCCUGCAGUACCUGGGCCCCCACCGGGACCGCUAUGGCCUGCAGAGGAUGUGGGGCUCCCUGGGCUGGGGCCUGGCCAUGCUCUGCGUGGGCAUCUGGAUCGACCAUACCCACAUCAAACUCUUCAUCCAGGGCACCGGCUGCAUUGUGCCCGACUACAAGAACUACCAGAUAGCCUUUAUUGUCUUUGGAGUCCUGAUGGCCGUGGCUUUGAUAGUGUGUACACAGUUCUACUUUGAGAGUAGUACUAGUGACCACCGGCCAAUGGAGGCCCAGCUGGAGGAGGAUAAGAGACAGGAGGCGGAGUCUCCUCAAACUUCCAGUGGCGUUUCAUCUCCCGAAGGGCAUGCGGUGGAAUCAUUAGAAUCCCAAAGUGUCGUCAGCCAGCCGUUUCUUUACCAGGACCUCAUUCGGCUGCUGUGCAGCGUGCAGUACGGCUCAGUGCUCUUCGUGGCCUGGUUCAUGGGAUUCGGCUACGGCUUUGUGUUCACGUUCCUCUACUGGCACCUGGAGGACCUGAAAGGGACCACCACGCUAUAUGGAGUGUGCUCGGUGCUGAGCCACAUCUCAGAGCUAGUCGCCUACUUCACCAGCCACACGCUCAUCGAGCUGGUUGGCCAUAUAAGGUUAAUGAAAGGGGGCACGGGUCAAAAGCAAUAGCCUGGUCCCAGGGGGGUAUGUCUCAGACCUGAAUCAAUGAGUUAGCCAGCUAACUUAAAUGUUCAGAAAUUGCUUUUUUUUAAGGAAUAUAUGAUUGAUAUUGACAUGGAUUGAUUGAAUUGUUUAAAACAACAACCCAAGUUCAAGUUUAGGUUCAUUAAUGAACCAGUAACUGUUUUUAUUUCUGAAUGUUUAACUUGGUGUUUUGUAGUAUACCCCUCAGGUCCGUUAGUAGUAUACCCCUCAGGUCUGUUUGUAGUAUACCCCUCAGGUCUGUUUGUACAGUAGUAUACCCCUCAGGUCCGUUAGUAGUAUACCCCUCAGGUCUGUUUGUAGUAUACCCCUCAGGUCUGUUUGUACAGUAGUAUACCCCUCAGGUCUGUUUGUAGUAUACCCCUCAGGUCUGUUUGUAGUAUACCCCUCAGGUCUGUUUGUACAGUAGUAUACCCCUCAGGUCUGUUUGUAGUAUACCCCUCAGGUCUGUUUGUACAGUAGUAUACCCCUCAGGUCUGUUUGUAGUAUACCCCUCAGGUCUGUUUGUAGUAUACCCCUCAGGUCUGUUUGUUAGUAUACCCCUCAGGUCUGUUGUAGUAUACCCCUCAGGUCUGUUUGUACAGUAGUAUACCCUCAGGUCUGUUUGUAGUAUACCCCUCAGGUCUGUUUGUAGUAUACCCCUCAGGUCUGUUUGUAGUAUACCCCUCAGGUCUGUUUGUAGUAUACCACUCAGGUCUGUUUGUAGUAUACCCCUCAGGUCUGUUUGUAGUAUACCCUCAGGUCUGUUUGUAGUAUACCCCUCAGGUCUGUUUGUAGUAUACCCCUCAGUAUACCCCUCAGGUCUGUUUGUAAUAUACCCUCAGGUCUGUUUGAACAGUAGUAUACCCCUCAGGUCUGUUUGUAAUAUACCCCUCAGGUCUGUUUGUACAGUAAUAUACCCCUCAGGUCUGUUUGUAAUAUACCCCUCAGGUCUGUUUGUAAUAUACCCCUCAGGUCUGUUUGUAAUAUACCCCUCAGGUCUGUUUGUAAUAUACCCCUCAGGUCUGUUUGUAGUAUACCCCUCAGGUCUGUUUGUACAGUAGUAUACCCCUCAGGUAUGUUUGUAGUAUACCCCUCAGGUCUGUUUGUACAGUAGUAUACCCCUCAGGUCUGUUUGUAGUAUACCCCUAGGUCUGUUUAUAAUAUACCCUCAGGUCUGUUUGUACAGUAGUAUACCCCUCAGGUCUGUUUGUACAGUAGUAUACCCCUCAGGUCUGUUUGUAGUAUACCCCUCAAGUCUGUUUGUACAGUAGUAUACCCCUCAGGUCUGUUUGUAGUAUACCCCUCAGGUCUGUUUGUAGUAUACCCCUCAGGUCUGUUUGUAGUAUACCCUCAGGUCUGUUUGUAGUAUUUCCCUCAGGUCUGUUUGUAGUAUACCCCUCAGGUCUGUUUGUAGUAUACCCCUCAGGGCUGUUUGUAGUAUUACCCUCAGGUCUGUUUGUACAGUAGUAUACCCUCAGGUAUGUUUGUAGUAUACCCCUCAAGUCUGUUUGUACAGUAGUAUACCCUCAGGUCUGUUUGUAGUAUACCCCUCAGGUCUGUUUGUAGUAUACCCCUCAGGUCUGUUUGUAGUAUACCCCUCAGGUCUGUUUGUACAGUAGUAUACCCCUCAGGUCUGUUUGUAGUAUACCCCUCAGGUCUGUUUGUAGUAUACCCCUCAGGUCUGUUUGUAGUAUACCCCUCAGGUCUGUUUGUACAGUAGUAUACCCCUCAGGUCUGUUUGUAGUAUACCCCUCAGGUCUGUUUGUACAGUAGUAUACCCCUCAGGUCUGUUUGUACAGUAGUAUACCCCUCAAGUCUGUUUGUAGUAUACCCCUCAGGUCUGUUUGUAGUAUACCCCUCAGGUCUGUUUGUAGUAUACCCCUCAGGUCUGUUUGUAGUAUACCCCUCGUGUCUGUUUGUACAGUAGUAUACCCCUCAGGUCUGUUUGUAGUAUAACCCUCAGGUCUGUUUGUAGUAUACCCCUCAGGUCUGUUUGUAAUAUACCACAGAUCUGUUUGUAAUAUACCCCUCAGGUCUGUUUGUAAUAUACCACAGGUAUGUUUGUAGUAUACCCCUCAGGUCUGUUUGUACAGUAGUAUACCCCUUAGGUCUGUUUGUAGUAUACCCCUCAGGUCUGUUUGUAGUAUACCCCUCAGGUCUGUUUGUAGUAUACCCCUCAGGUCUGUUUGUAGUAUACCCCUCAGGUCUGUUUGUACAGUAGUAUACCCCUCAGGUCUGUUUGUACAGUAGUAUACCCCUCAGGUCUGUUUGUAGUAUACCCCUCAGGUCUGUUUGUACAGUAGUAUACCCCUCAGGUAUGUUUGUAGUAUACCCCUCAAGUCUGUUUGUACAGUAGUAUACCCCUCAGGUCUGUUUGUAGUAUACCCCUCAGGUCUGUUUGUAGUAUACCCCUCAGGUCUGUUUGUAGUAUACCCCUCAGGUCUGUUUGUACAGUAGUAUACCCCUCAGGUCUGUUUGUAGUAUACCCCUCAGGUCUGUUUGUAGUAUACCCCUCAGGUCUGUUUGUAGUAUACCCCUCAGGUCUGUUUGUAGUAUCCCCCUCAGGUCUGUUUGUAGUAUACCCCUCAGGUCUGUUUGUAAUAUACCCCUCAGGUCUGUUUGUAGUAUACCCCUCAGGUCUGUUUGUAGUAUACCCCUCAGGUCUGUUUGUAGUAUACCCCUCAGGUCUGUUUGUACAGUAGUAUACCCCUCAGGUAUGUUUGUAGUAUACCCCUCAAGUCUGUUUGUACAGUAGUAUACCCCUCAGGUCUGUUUGUAGUAUACCCCUCAGGUCUGUUUGUAAUAUACCCCUCAGGUCUGUUUGUAAUAUACCCCUCAGGUCUGUUUGUAGUAUACCCCUCAGGUCUGUUUGUAGUAUACCCCUCAAGUCUGUUUGUACAGUAGUAUACCCCUCAGGUCUGUUUGUACAGUAGUAUACCCCUCAGGUCUGUUUGUAGUAUACCCCUCAGGUCUGUUUGUAGUAUACCCCUCAGAUCUGUUUGUAAUAUACCCCUCAGGUCUGUUUGUAGUAUACCCCUCAGGUCAGUUUGUAGUAUCCCCCUCAGGUCUGUUUGUAGUAUACCCCUCAGGUCUGUUUGUAAUAUACCCCUCAGGUCUGUUUGUAGUAUACCCCUCAGGUCUGUUUGUAGUAUACCCCUCAAGUCUGUUUGUACAGUAGUAUACCCCUCAGGUCUGUUUGUACAGUAGUAUACCCCUCAGGUCUGUUUGUACAGUAGUAUACACCUCAGGUCUGUUUGUAGUAUACCCCUCAAGUCUGUUUGUACAGUAGUAUACCCCUCAGGUCUGUUUAUAAUAUACCCCUCAGGUCUGUUUGUAGUAUACCCCUCAGGUCCGUUAGUAGUAUACCCCUCAGGUCUGUUUGUAGUAUACCCCUCAAGUCUGUUUGUACAGUAGUAUACCCCUCAGGUCUGUUUGUAGUAAAGCUCCCGGUACUUUACUUUACCAAAGUUACCGGAAUCUGCAGUAAUUUUGGUAAUUAACAGAGAAUCUAUGGGAAUCUAUUGUAAAUUUGGUAAUUCAUACUUGAAUAACUAAAUUUUGAAAAAGUAAUAUAUUCACUUUUUAGAUCUGUAUCCAUGAGUUUCUUGUAGAUAGACCAUAUGGUUGAAGAGAAAAUAGCCUAAUUAAUGAAAAAAGCAUCCAAUCAACAAUGGCAUUAUUUUUAUUAAGUCUACGCUUCCAACUAUUGACUUUUUUCACAACUGCCUCCAGUUUGACGCCAAAACAUUGACAGCAAAUACAUAUUCACAUAGUUUAAAAAAAGUGUGUAAACAAAUAUGUAAAGGAUAUUUCAUGCUGAAACCCUCAAAUUAAACACCAAUGGUAUUCACUAAAUUGAUGGCUUAUAUUUAGAAUAAUGUUUUACAGUGUUGUCAUUCUAUUUUACAUUAUUUCAUGUAUUUCACAUGUGAUAAGGCCACACAGAGGGCCAGACACAAAUACAGACUCCUGUAAUAAUCUGAAAUACCCAAAAGGGCCACUAGAUGUCAUGUGAUAGAUUACGUAACAUCCUGGUAAUUUACUGGUAAACUUAGAACAUUUCCAGUAAUAUACCCUCCCCUUGCAACCCUAGUUCAGAAUGACCAUGACAAACCAACCACAAUCCAGGGACAGUUCAGGUUUGACCUCUGAACUUUGGCUUUGCUUUCACCUGCAACUCUGUUGAGGCAAUAACCUCCUAUAGGUUUAGGUUAGGGUUAGGGUUUAGGUUAGGGUUAGGGUUUAGGAUAGGGUUAGGGUUUAGGAUAGGGUUAGGGUUUAGGUUAGGGUUAGGGUUUAGGAUAGGGUUAGGGUUAUGUUUGUGAUUGGUGGAUGGUUACUUGAACAGUGUAGUGAGUAGUGAUAGUUCAACAACAUUUAUAAAACAUUUGUUUUACCUUCUCCUCCUCCUCCUCCCCUCUCUCUCCACAGGGUGCUGUACAUCGGUCUGGCCUGCAACACAGCUCGCUACCUGUACAUCUCCUACCUGGAGAAUGCCUGGAUCGUCCUGCCCAUGGAGGUCCUUCAGGGUAAGGCUACACUGGGUGGCACGGCACGGUCACGCAUGACGGCAUAUGUUGACUUAGCUUAGCUUAGCUUAGCUAAUGUUAACAUUAGAUAGAAAUUGUUUGGACUGGCUUCACCAGUACACUUACAUUGUUGCCGUGUUGGCUCAGAGUUCAUAUCAGGCAGGACAGGAACUCUCCUCUCAACGAAAUGAAAGGCUUUUCCUUCGCCUGGAAAACACCCUUUUCCUCUGUAUCUAGACUUCACUGAAAGCCACUUAGGCCAUGAAUUACAAUGUUGCAGCUGCACACGAAAGAUUAACAUGAAAGCAUGCUUAAAAUGUUUGUAAUCAUCACACUAGAGGCGUAACAACACCAAAAAAAAAAGAGACACACUUAGAGACACAAAUAAUCUCUUUUGAAAAUUCUAAAGUAAGUGGUAUGACAAUAACAAAACAAAACAAACAAAAUGGCCGUAGCUCUGGUCUGGCCAUUGUUUUCUGGGAGUGGGAGCUUAUGCCACAUUCACGUCAUGUCGGAAACUCGGGAACUCUUAAAAUGAACGUAUGUUAUUCGCGUAGCGCUUCCAAUUGGUUGAGUCUGAUACUUCCUAGUGGGAAACUCGGGUAUGAUCUUUUUACAAAGAGUAAGCAAGUUGGAUAUUUUAGAGUGUCCGACAUGGCGUGAACAAGGCAUACGCAGGGGCAAGGCCUGGCCGGACUAUGGGGGGUAGCAGGUUCUAUUACAAUGAUGACAACGAGGCAUGUUGACUUUGAACUAGCUGGUUGAGCCAAACACGGCACACCCAGCAAGGGUUAAGGAAGAGGGUUAAGUCAACUCUCUCUCGCCUGCCACCUGCCAUGAACACACACAGGAUAUGUCCUCCACUUGACAUCAAUUAGAAAAUGGCUCCCAAGAUGUGUAUCUUUCCCUUACCAAAAAGUCUAGUGUAGUGUACAGCUGUUAAUACUAACACAAUAGAGUUUCACUGGCCUGUUUGUUUGUUUGUUUCUGCUUAUUAGUGUAAUGUGAAAGGGACAGAUUUUAAAUGUUAUGUUUGUUCUACUGACGUUUCUUUUUAUUACCUACUGCUCUACAGUGAGGGGAAAAAAGUAUUUGAUCCCCUGCUGAUUUUGUACGUUUGCCCACUGACAAAGACAUGAUCAGUCUAUAAUUUUAAUGGUAGGUUUAUUUGAACAGUGAGAGACAGAAUAACAACAAAAAAAUCCAGAAAAUCGCAUGUAAGAAAUGUUAUAAAUUGAUUUGCAUUUUAAUGAGGGAAAUUAGUAGUUGACCCCCUCUCAAUCAGAAAGAUUUCUGGCUCCCAGGUGUCUUUUAUACAGGUAACGAGCUGAGAUUAGGAGCACACUCUUAGAGGGAGUGCUCCUAAUCUCAGUUUGUUACCUGUAUAAAAGACACCUGUCCACAGAAGCAAUCAAUCAAUCAGAUUCCAAACUCUCCACCAUGGCCAAGACCAAAGAGCUCUCCAAGGAUGUCAGGGACAAGAUUGUAGACAUUUUACAUUUUUUACAUUUUAGUCAUUUAGCAGACGCUCUUAUCCAGAGCGACUUACAGUUAAUUAGUGCCUACAUUAUGUUUUUCAUACUGUCCCUACACAAGGCUGGAAUGGGCUACAAGACCAUCGCCAAGCAGCUUGGUGAGAAGGUGACAACAGUUGGUGCGAUUAUUCGCAAAUGGAAGAAACACAAAAGACUGUCAAUCUCCCUCGGCCUGGGGCUCCAUGCAAGAUCUCACCUCGUGGAGUUGCAAUGAUCAUGAGAACGGUGAGGAAUCAGCCCAGAACUACACGGGAGGAUCUUGUCAAUGAUCUCAAGGCAGCUGGGACCAUAGUCACCAAGAAAUCAAUUGGUAACGCACUACACCGUGAAGGACUGAAAUCCUGCAGCGCCCGCAAGGUCCCCCUGCUCAAGAAAGCACAUAUACAGGGCCGUCUGAAGUUUGCCAAUGAACAUCUGAAUGAUUCAGAGGAGAACUGGGUGAAAGUGUUGUGGUCAGAUGAGACCAAAAUCGAGCUCUUUGGCAUCAACUCAACUCGCCGUGUUUGGAGGAGGAGGAAUGCUGCCUAUGAACCCAAGAACACCAUCCCCACCGUCAAACAUGGAGGUGGAAACAUUAUGCUUUGGGGGUGUUUUUCUGCUAAGGGGACAGGACAACUUCACCGCAUCAAAGGGACGAUGGACGGGGCCAUGUACCGUCAAAUCUUGGGUGAGAACCUCCUUCCCUCAGCCAGGGCAUUGAAAAUGGGUCGUGGAUGGGUAUUCCAGCAUGACAAUGACCCAAAACACACGGCCAAGGCAACAAAGGAGUGGCUCAAGAAGCAGCACAUUAAGGUCCUGGAGUGGCCUAGCCAGUCUCCAGACCUUAAUCCCAUAGAAAAUCUGUGGAGGGAGCUGAAGGUUCGAGUUGCCAAAUGUCAGCCUCGAAACCUUAAUGACUUGGAGAAUAUCUGCAAAGAGGAGUGGAACAAAAUCCCUCCUGAGAUGUGUGCAAACCUGGUGGCCAACUACAAGAAACGUCUGACCUCUGUGAUUGCCAACAAGGGUUUUGCCACCAAGUACUAAGUCAUGUUUUGCAGAGGGGUCAAAUAUUUAUUUCCCUCAUUAAAAUGCAAUUCAAUUUAUAACAUUUUUGACAUGCGUUUUUCUGGAUUUUUUUGUUGUUAUUCUGUCUCUCACUGUUCAAAUAAACCUACCAUUAAAAUUAUAGACUGAUCAUGUCUUUGUCAGUGGGCAAACGUACAAAAUCAGCAGGAGAUCAAAUACUUUUUUCCCUCACUGUAUAUCUCUGUUCUGCUAGGGAGGUAUAUUGACUUAACAAGUCAAUAACUAGGUCUAAUCGUAAUACUCCCUUCCCUGACCUUGUAAUAAUGAUGUGUCUCUUUCACUCUCUCUCUCUCUCUCUCUCUCUCUCUCUCUCUCUCUCUCUCUCUUCUCUCUCUCUCUCUCUCUCUCUCUCUCUCUCUCUCUCUCUCUCUCUCUGUCUGUCUAUCGCUCUCUCUGUCUCUCUCUCUAUCGCUCUCUCUCUCUGUAUCUCUCUCUGUCUCUCUCUCUAUCGCUCUCUCUCUGUAUCUCUCUCUCUCUCUCUCUCUGUCUCUCUCUCUAUCGCUCUGUCUCUCUCUAUCUCUCUCUGUCUCUGUCAAUUCAAUUCAAUUUAAGGGCUUUAUUGGCAUGGGAAACGUAUAUUAACAUUGCCAAAGCAAGUGAAGUAGAUAGUUAACAAAAGUGAAAUAAACAAUAAAUAUUAACAGUAAACAUUACACUCAGAAGUUCCAAAAGAAUAAAGACAUUUCAAAUGUCAUAUUAUGUAUAUAUACAGUGUUGUAACAUCUCUCUCUCUCUCUCUCUCUCUCUCUCUCUCUCUCUCUCUCUCUCACAUUUCAUUUUAAGGGUCAUAUUAUGUCUAUAUACAGUGUUAUAAUGAUAUGCAAAUAGUUAAAGUACAAAAAGGAAAAUAAAUAAACAUAAUGUAAAUGUAAUAAAUAUAGGUUGUAUUUACAAUGGUGUUUGUUCUUCACUGGUUGCCCUUUUCUUGUGGCAGCAGGUCACAAAUCUUGCUGCUGUGACUGCACACUGUGGUAUUUCACCCAAUAGAUAUGUUUUUUAUAGAUAUGGAGUUUAUCCACAUUUGAUUUGUUUUCUAAUUCUUUGUGGGUCUGUGUAAUCUGAGGGAAGUAUGUGUCUCUAAUAUGGUCAUACAUUUGGCAGGAAUUUAGGAAGUGCAGCUCAGUUUCCACCUCAUUUUGUGGGCAGUGUGCACAUAGCCUUUCUUCUCUUGAGAGCCAGGUCUGCCUACGGCGGCCUUUCUCAAUAGCAAGGCUAUGCUCACUGAGUCUGUACAUAGUCAAAGAUUUCCUUAAUUUUGGGUCAGUCACAGUGGUCAGGUUUUCUGCCACUGUGUACUCUCUGUUUAGGGCCAAAUAGCAUUCUAAUUUGCUCUGUUGUUGUGUUAAUUCUUUCCAAUGUGUCAAGUAAUUAUAUUUUAGUUUUCUCAUGAUUUGGUUGGUUCUAAUUGUGUUGCUGUCCUGGACCAGCUUGCUUAGGGGACUCUUCUCCUGGUUCAUCUCUCUGUAGGUGAUGGCUUUGUUAUAGAAGGUUUGGGAAUCGCUUCCUUUUAGGUGGUUGUAGAAUUUAACGGCUCUUUUCUGGAUUUUGAUAAUUAGUGGGUAUUGGCCUAAUUCUGCUCUGCAUGCAUUAUUUGGUGUUUUACGUUGUACAUGUAGGAUGUUUUUGCAGAAUUCUGCAUGCAGAGUCUAAAUUUGGUGUUUGUCCCAUUUUGUGAAUUCUUGGUUGGUGAGUGGACCCCAGACCUCACAACCAUAAAGGGAAAUGGGUUCUAUAACUGAUUCAAGUAUUUUUAGCCAGAUCCUAAUUGGUAUGUUGACUUUUAUGUUCCUUUUGAUGGCAUAGAAGGCCCUUCUUGUCUUGUCUCUCAAAUCGUUCACAGCUUUGUGGAAGUUACCUGUGGCGCUGAUGUUUAGGCUGAGGUAUGUAUCGUUUUUUUGUGUGCUCUAGGGCAACAGUGUCUAGAUGGAAUUUGUACUUGUGGUCCUGGCAACUGGACCUUUUUUGGAACACCAUUCUUUUUGUCUUACUGAGAUUUACUGUCAGGGCCCAGGUCUGACAGAAUCUGUGCAGAAUGUGAAUAUGUGGUCUGUUGUACGGUAAUUUGGUAAAAAGCCAAUUUGACAUUUGCUCAGUACAAUGUUUUCACUGAGGAAAUGAACUAGUCUGCUGUUAAUGAUAAUGCAGAGGAUUUUCCCAAGGUUGAUGUUGACGCAUAUCCCACGGUAGUUAUUGGGGUCAAAUUUGUCUCCACUUUUGUGGAUUGGGGUGAUCAGUCCUUGGUUCCAAAUAUUGGGGAAGAUGCCAGAGCUAAGGAUGAUGUUAAAGAGUUAAAAUAUAGCCAAUUGGAAUUUGUGGUCUGUAUAUUUUAUCAUUUCAUUGAGGAUACCAUCAACACCACAGGACUUUUUGGGUUGGAGGGUUUGUCUUUUGUCCUGUAGUUCAUUCAAUGCAAUUGGAGAAUCCAGUGGGUUCUGGUAGUCUUCAAUAGUUGAUUCUAAGAUUUGUAUUUGAUCAUGUACAGUGAGGGAAAAAAGUAUUUGAUCCCCUGCUGAUUUUGUAUUCUGUUAUUCUGUUCAAAUAAACCUACCAUUAAAAUUAUAGACUGAUCAUGUCUUUGUCAGUGGGCAAACGUACAAAAUCAGCAGGGGAUCAAAUACUUUUUUCCCUCACUGUAUAUGUUUUUGCUGUUUGUUUGUUCGUUGUUAUAGGGCCAAAAAGAUUGGAGAAGUGGUUUACCCAUACAUCUCAGUUUUGGAUAGAUAACUAUUUGUGUUGUUGUUUGUUUAGUGUUUUCCAAUUUUCCCAGAAGUGGUUUGAGUCUAUGGACUCUUCAAUUACAUUUAGCUGAUUUCUGACGUGCUGUCCCUUCUUUUUCCAUAGUUUAUUUCUGUAUUGUUUUAGUGAUUCACCAUAGUGAAGGAGUAGGCUCAGGUUUUCUGGGUCUCUAUGUUUUUGGUUGGAUAGGUUUCUCAAUUUCUUUCUUAGGUUUUUGCAUUCUCAAAUCAAAUAAAAUAAAAUUUUAUUUGCCACAUGCGCCGAAUACAGCAGGUGUAGACAUUACAGUGAAAUGCUUACUUACAAGCCCUUAGCCAACAAUGCAAAGUAAAAAAUAAAAAUAAAAAGUGUUAAGCAAAAGAAAUAAAAGCAAAUAACUAAAGAGCAGCAGUAAAAUAAAAUAACCGUAGGGAGGUUAUAUACAGGGGGGUACCGGUGCAGAGUCAAUGUGCGGGGGCGCCGGCUAGUCGAGGUAAUUGAGGUAAUAUGUACAUGUGGGUAGAGUUAAAGUGGCUAUGCAUAAAUAAUUAACAGAGUAGCAGCAGCGUAAAAGAGGGGGGUGAGGUGGGGUGGGGGGGCAGUGCAAAUAGUCCGGGUAGCCAUGAUUAGCUGUUCAGGAGUCUAAUGGCUUGGGGGUAGAAGCUGUUGAGAAGCCUUUUGGACCUAGACUUGGCGCUCCGGUACCGCUUGCCUUGCGGUAGCAGAGAGAACAGUCUAUGACUAGGGUGGCUGGAGUCUUUGACAAUUUUGAGGGCCUUCCUCUGACACCGCCUGGUAUAGAGGUCCUGGAUGGCAGGAAGCUUGGCCCCAGUGAUGUACUGUGCCGUACGCACUACCCUCUGUAGUGCCUUGCGGUCAGAGGCCAAGCAGUUGCCAUACCAGGCGAUGGUUCUUCAUCAAACCAUUUGUCAUUGUUGUUAAUUUUCUCUCUGUCUCUCUCUCUCUCUCUCUCUCUCUCUCUCUCUCUCUCUCUCUGUCUCUCUGUCUCUCUGUCUGUAUCUCUGUGUAUCUAGGUGUGACCCAUGCCUCAGUGUGGGCAGCUUGUAUCUCCUACCUCAGUGCUGCGGUGCCUCCAGAGCUGAGGACCUCUGCCCAGGGUAUCCUCCAGGGCCUGCAUCUGGGGCUGGGCCGGGGCUGUGGGGCCAUGGUGGGGGGAGUCUUCGUCAACUUUUUUGGUAAGAACCACUGUGUGAGGAGAAAACAGACGGACUGUAUUUAUAGAAGUUGUAUUUAAUUGAUUUGAGUAUCCCCCAGUUCUAGAGUAUGUAAAACACAUUCAACCAAAGAGAGAUGGAGCUAUUGGCGUCACACGUCAAAGGUAUUAUUAGCAGUAUAGACUGCUGUUCAAUGUUACAUUUGCUGCUCUAUGUUCAUUAAUUGAAAUGACCAUUGAGAACAGCAGUAACUAUUGUAGAUUUGACAUUUAACAGAAUGUAGCUUCCCUCCUCCUUGACCAGCUAGUUUUACAUUUUAGUCAUUUAGCAGACGCUCUUAUCCAGAGCGACUUACAGUUAGUGAGUGCAUACAUUUUUCACACUGGCCCCCCCCGUGGGAAACGAACCCACAAUCCUGGCGUUGCAAGCGCCAUGCUCUACCAACUGAGCUACACGGGGCCCCGUGUAGUUGUACUCACACGUGUCAUAGUCCCACAUGCCUUUCCAGCUGUUGAACAACGCCUCCUCUCCUUAAAAUGAUGACCUGUCCUCCAUGGUUUUCAUAAGAUAAUCCAGGUAUUAACUCUUAAUAAACUUCCACCAGCCUCAUCUUCAAUCAUUAGGAUAGGAAUUUGAUGGUUUGGAAUGCACUUGGCAGCUCUCCCAGAAUAACACCUGUCCCUCCCUCUCUGUGAUCUGAAACACAUAUUGAUGACUGGGGUAAAAUAUAUCCCUUACAGUGCUGAAAUGGACAUAGAUUUUCUGUUUUUCUGUUAUAUGAAAAGCAAUGAGUGAAAACAAAUACAUUUAUUUAUUUGGUUUCCAAAAGCCUAUGGAGCAGGGGGCUAUGGGGUUGAUUUGGAAUUCAGAAAUACUGUACACGUUUGUCUUUUUGGGUUAUGGUUUUAGGAGCGGCUCACACCUUCAGUGGGAUUGGAAUGUCCUCCCUCGUCAUCCUCCUCCUCUUCGCUCUCAUCCAGUGGCUGGCUGUGCAGAGUGGGGACGAAGGUAUGUGUCAUUAAAGUUUGAUUUGAUCCUGUCUGCUUCAUGGCGUGCUUCCUGCUUGGACUACAGAAAAACAGCGGCACCUAUUAUACCCCUUAGUGGAGAAGUGACUGGCUUCCAAUGUGGCAUGCAGAACAUUUACAGCCAGAACAUUUAUAGCCACUAUCGUUUUAUCCUCUUUCUCAAUCAGCAACUGAGAAAUUCAUAGACAUCAGAAUGCUGCAUGAAUCAUAUUUAGGAUCUUUAAUAGUGGAGAUAGUUGUUAGGUCGGACACGUUAGCAGAAUAAUCAUUUUGAAGCAUGCCAGGAAUUGUUAUGAAACAUUUUGCUUGUGUUGUUUUCCAGAUCCCAGAAUGCUGGCGGAGAACAUCCCGGUUCCCUCCAGCCCUGUUCCCAUAGCGACCAUAGAUGUUAUCCAAUCAAAUAACGCAGAAGCCACAAUGACACCACCGAGGAAGACCAAGCACCAGGAGGAUCAGGAGGACGUGAGCAAGCCCGCCUGGGUGGUGUCCGCCUCACCCUGGGUCACCCUGGCCUUCGCCCUGCACCAGAUCAGACAGACGGCAAUCCUUGCCAGGAGCAGCCCUGCCAACAACCAUCAGCCGCUGCAGGUACUGUAUGUAGACAGGGUGGCUGGCAGCUCGUGGGCUUCAGGCAUAGACUGA